GUCCCAGUCUAUUGUCCUGAAAGUGCCACAAUAUUCAGUCUCAAAUUGUAAAUAACCUUGUGUUGUAAUAUAUUAAAGAAUGGCAGAAGGCAAUACAGAUGAAGUUUCUUUGUAUGGAAGAUGUGAGAAUUACUUCCUAUUUGGUGGUGAAAUUUUUCUUUACAAUGGAUUGCGAGCUUUCUUGUAUCUUGCUGCCCUUGCCUAUUGUUUCAUUGGGUUGUCUUCUAUAACUGCUCGGUUUUUCAAAUAGAUGGAGAAUGUUGUUAAACAAACAAGGGAGGUUGUACAAAUUGAUCCCAUCACAAAUACAGAGGUGAUUAAACGGGUGAAGGUUUGGAACUAUGCAGUAGCAGACAUAGCUUUGCUGGCAUUUGGGACAAGCUUUCCACAAAUUUCCUUGGCCACUAUUGAUGCCAUCAGGAAUAUUGGUCAGCUGAAUGCCGGAGGUUUGGGACCUGGUACACUCGUAGGUUCUGCUGCAUUUGACCUCUUUCCUAUCCAUGCUGUAUGUGUGAUAAUCCCAAGAGCUGGUACUUUGAAGAAGAUAUCAGAUAUAGGUGUUUGGUUGGUAGGCCUCUUUUGGUCAUUUUGGGCUUAUGUUUGGCUCUACAUAAUACUAGAGGUAUGGACACCCAAUAUAAUUACUCUUUGGGAAGCCCUGCUCACAGUUCUGCAGUAUUUAUUGCUAUUAUUUCAUGCAUAUGCUCAAGACAAGCGCCUGCCAUACCUGUCAAUUCCCUUUGCAAGAAGUGAGAGGCCAGAGGAUUGGGUUCCAGAAGGUGAUAAUUCAUGUAAAGCUCGCAAUGCUGAACAUGACGAGUGCUGCAAGAUACUUGAUUUGAGUGAAGGACAUGGCAGCAACAUAGAUCAAGUCUAUGAAAAUUUACCAGACACUGACAUUUCAGAAGCAUCUGCAUCAGCAAGUGGCAAAAAGUACAUUGAAGAAGAUUUCAAUUUGUUCUCUGCAUGGGGACGCCAGUUUAUUGAUGCUGCACUGUUGGAAACCACUAAAUCGAAGAAAAUGAAUAGUUUCUGCUUCAGGAUAGCAAGAAUUCUCUGGCACUCAAUACUUGUACCAUGGAGAUUGCUGUUUGCUUUUGUUCCUCCUUAUCAAAUUGCUCAUGGAUGGAUUGCUUUUAUUUGCUCUCUUAUUUUCAUCAGUGGGAUAGCUUAUGUAGUGACUAAGCUAACUGAUCAAAUAAGCUGCGUCACAGGAGUAAAUCCUUAUGUUAUAGCAUUCACAGCACUAGCUAGCGGAACAUCAUGGCCCGAUCUAGUUGCAAGCAAGAUUGCUGCUGAGCGGCAAAUAACUGCAGAUUCUGCCAUUGCAAACAUCACAUGCAGCAAUUCGGUGAACAUUUAUAUCGGCAUUGGCAUUCCAUGGUUGAUAGACACAGUAUACAACUUUUUAAUGUAUAGCGAACCAUUGUACAUCGACAAUGCACAAGGCCUCAGCUUUUCUCUACUAGUAUUCUUUGCGACAUCGGUUGGCUGCAUUGCAGUAUUGGUACUCCGCCGUAUUAUUUUUGGCGCUGAGCUCGGUGGACCAAGGUUGUGGGCCUGGUUAACGGCGGUGUACUUCAUGCUUCUUUGGGUCGUCUUUGUCGUUCUUUCCUCACUCAAGGUCUCUGGCUUUAUCUAAAGUUUCAUUAUAUACAAAUGUAUCAGGCAUGAGCUCACAAGACAAGGUGGCCUAUUACAUGAUUUUUUUGAAAAGGAUUAAAUGCAUAUUUUUG